AUGAGUUCGGGAAAACCGCUACUUGGCUUGUGGUUGUACAGAAGUGGAGAAGAUUGGAGCUACAAAGAGGAUAGUCCCAUUACUCUUAAAACACAGACAUCUUCCAAUGAGGAGCAUACGAAACCGGAAGAAAAGGAAAAGGUAUCGAUAAUAUUCAGUUUAAAAAAUCAAGUGGGCGGUUUAGUGAGAGCUCUCCAGGCUUUUCAAGACAUGGGAAUUAACGUUCAACGAAUAGAAUCAAGACCGUCUGAAACAAAUGAAAACCAAGCCGAUUUCAUUGUUGACGUCGAAAGCGAACCAAAAAAGUUAGAACAGCUGAGUAUACUUUUGAAACGGGAAGUGGUGACUAUGGUAAUAGGAAAAUACGGAACUGAAGAGAGCGAAAAUGAUUUUCCACUUCCAACGCCGCUAUCCGCCACAGCCAGUUUCGGUAAGUUGCUUUCACUGUUAAACGUAUUCAUAUGA